AUGGAGUUGGCCGACUGUGGCCACCUUCCUCGCAACACUCUGCCAAUGCCCGCAGACGACGACGAAAGUACAGGGAGCAGUGAAGACGCUUCUGUCCAUAGCAGUGGCGAUGAAGGCAGCAAUGAGAGUAGCGACGAUAGCGGCAGCGAUGAGACGUCGAGCGCCUCGGAAGAAGGCACAGCGGAGAUUCCAUACGCGAAAACGGACGCCCCGAUCAAGAUGCGCAUUCCGUCCUUGUUGGAUAUCGGCCCUGAAGUGACCAUGGUUCGAGACGUCGAGCAUUUGAAGUCUUUAUAG